ACGAGAGAGAAAGAAGAAAGAGAAAUGGAGGGUGAUAAGAAAUCAUCGCCGGUGUCGGAUGUUGGGGCAUGGGCGAUGAAUAUCAUCAGCUCAGUCGGGAUUAUCAUGGCCAACAAGCAGCUCAUGUCUGCCAAUGGUUACGCUUUCAGUUUCGCCACAACUUUGACUGGGUUCCACUUUGCGGUGACUGCACUAGUCGGUCUGGUCUCGAAUGCCACUGGUUAUUCCUCAUCAAAGCAUGUUCCUUUGUGGGAGCUCUUUUGGUUUUCUAUUGUCGCAAAUAUGUCUAUCACGGGAAUGAACUUUAGUCUCAUGUUGAAUUCAGUGGGAUUCUACCAAAUCUCGAAACUUAGUAUGAUCCCUGUGGUUUGUGUGAUGGAGUGGAUCCUUCAUAACAAGCACUACUCAAAAGAAGUGAAAACUGCUGUUGUAGUAGUAGUAAUUGGUGUGGGAGUUUGCACUGUCACUGAUGUAAAAGUUAAUCUCAAAGGUUUUCUGUGUGCGUGCAUAGCCGUCUUGUCAACAUCUUUGCAGCAAAUUACUAUAGGUUCACUGCAAAAGAAGUACUCCAUUGGGUCUUUUGAAUUGCUGAGCAAGACAGCACCUAUUCAAGCCCUCUCUCUCCUGCUUCUCGGACCAUUUAUUGAUUACUACCUUAGCGACAAAUCUCUACUGAACUAUAAAAUGUCUUCUGGUGCCCUUUUGUUCAUCCUCCUUUCAUGCACUCUUGCUGUGUUCUGCAAUGUGAGUCAAUAUCUGUGCAUUGGGCGUUUCUCAGCUGUGUCCUUCCAGGUGUUAGGUCACAUGAAAACAGUGUGUGUUCUCACAUUGGGGUGGCUGCUCUUCGAUUCAGAACUGACCUUGAAAAAUAUAUCAGGCAUGAUUUUAGCCGUUGUUGGUAUGGUCAUUUAUAGUUGGGCUGUGGAGGUUGAGAAGCAAUCUGGGGUGAAGACUAAUAUCAAUGUGAAACAUAGCCUGACGGAAGAGGAAAUUAGACUUCUGAAGGACGGAAUGGAAUCCAAACCAGUGAAGGAUAUUGAACUUGGUGAGACUAAAGGAUAAAUUUCACUUUGUUUGUUAGGUCAUGGUAUUGUUUAUGUUGUGUUUACAGUCUAGACUUAUCCAUUUCCUUGUCCUUGCACCCAUCAAUUUUAGAUGUUAUAAAGCUCGUGUAGAAACCUUGGCCGCCCCUAUAUUUUUCUUGUUCACAUUUAUAUUUAUACGUUUAUAUCAUGUAUAUUUCUUUUUUCUUCACAUUAUUUAUGCCAACAGAAUAGUUGUAAGUCCAUGAACGGAUGGUAAAAUGUAAACGUCAUUUGUAAUGGGUCAACUUUUAUUUGAUUU